CGAACCGCGUGGCAACAACGCUCAUGAGAUUGAAGGACGAACACACAGAUUGCCUCUUGUCCAUAUAAUCGCGUAGCAAAAGCCAACAGAACAGGAGGAUGGAAACCACGGCGAAGCCAGUCGAGGAAGAUUGCCAUCCCAAAAGGGGCACCACCAAGCAAGCCGAGGUUCCGGGCGCGGCGGCAGAAGCGGCGUUUUCUCCCGCGAGAGACAACCGAGGCCCGCGCCGCGAGGCGCUCUGCUGGCGGUGUCUGCUGUUCCGAAACCUUCCCAAGGGAUUUUUGGGCGGGAGGGACCUGGUGGAGGAAUGCCUGCCGGAGCGGAUUCGGCGGAUGGUCUACUGCGAGUCCUCCAUGGAUUCCAUCAUGGUCGAGUUCGAAACCGUGGACGACCGCAGAAGGCUUCUGGACAAGCAGAGGCGAAAGCAGAAGGCGAUGGCGAACGCCAAGAAAGGGGCGCUCCCAGAGGGGUCUCCGCCAAGGCGAAACGCACCGAAAAAACCGCUGGAAUUCCACAUCGGGGUCCUCGCCGAGCGAUGCAAGUCCGAACUCUUCGUGACGAAGCGGUUCGGGGUUUCUGCCGCUCCUCUCCCGGCCCAGGGAUCCGAGUCAGAGGGAACGGAGGCACCGCGGCCGGUCUCCCUCGCCAAGCGGUGCCUCCUGGUGCGGCGGCUCGUAGACCCCGGGGAAGGGACCGGUCGCGGGCCAAUCGAAAUCCCUGACUCCGGCUCCUAUCUCGGUCCGAAAGACCAGGGCGGCAGGAGGAAGAGCGGGGGCAACCCUCCCCCCUCGGUUUCCAAGCCGAUGGAGAUCCGUGCCGGAGCCCACCGCGAGCGCGUGGUCCGGUGGGCCCUGAAACCACACGCCAAGGGGUCUUCCCCCCCCGUGGUCCUGGAACUGGAAUCCGAGGAAAGCGUGGAGCGGAUCGUGUCGGAACUGGAAGCGCGGACCGGGACGGGCGGCGAAAGCGAGGUGGCCGCUGCCGUCCUGGCCGUUCCGGUCUGGAUCCUGCCGGUUCGGUCGGAAACCCACGCCAGGUUCUGUUUCCGGGGCGUCCAAUCCCUAUCCGGAACGCGCGGUGCCAAACCCGUGGGGGACGGAGGAAGGAACAGCCCCGCAGCAGAAACGCACAGCACGCGGCAACAAGCAAGCCGAUCGUUCGCGGAAAGAUCCCCCCAGCGACACGAACCACCGGCCCCAACGACACCGGCCACACCGCAGCAGCUCCAACGGGUGACACCAGGUGCAUCCGCCGAAGGCAGCGACGAGGAGCCGUCUGGCAAGGAGCAGGAGGACCGGGAAGAACAACGGCAACAGGAAGAGAAACAAGAAUUGGCAAACCUUGAAAAGAAGGAGCAGCAAGACCGGGAAGAAAAACUGCAAGAGGAGCAAAAACAGAAACUCGCGGACCUGGAAAAGAAGGAGCAGCAGGACCGGGAAGAAAAAUUGCAACAGGAGCAAACACAGAAAUUCGUGGCCCUGGAAGAGGAGGUCCGAGCCCUCAGGGAGGAGAAGGACCGCCUGCAGGGCCAGCAGAGAGCGGAGGGACGCCUCGACAAGCUGCAAUCCGAGCACAGCGACCUGCUCCGGGAGCACCGCGGAUUGCUGGAAAAGGUCGAGCGGUCCAUGGCCGACCUGCGCCGCGUCACCGAGGAGAGGGAUGCCAUCCGCUCGGUGUACGACCGGUCCAGGGCGGCCUGGGAGUCCCGGUUCGAGCUCCUGAUGGAGGCCAGACGAAAGCAAGCCGCGGCGGGUGCCGGCAACCCCGGGGGUUGCGCUCCGGUGUGCCCGGAGUGCGAGACCUUUGAGUUUUACAGCGGGCUAGCGGCCGCUCUGGCGGGAGACGACGACCGCGAGGGUGGCGAAGCCCCCGGGCAAGCUGUACACCCCAGCGAAUCCCACAAACAAGAUCCCGGCGAAACGACCGAGCCGGGCAAUCCCGAGAUGGAGAACGAGAUCGAAAACAUUGCCUCGAUGAUCAACGGCAUGACCCUGUCCCCCUGCGAACCUGCCGAGAGUGCCAACCCGGUAAAAACCGAAAGCGAGCCGCAAGCCGAUAACCAGAUCGAGAACGAACCGAGGCAGUCAAUGGACGGCACCAAUUGCUAGUAUUGUUCAUGCCCAAUAGAUGUGCUACCACAGGGGAGACUGCCUCCCCCUCGAAACAAAGGCUAGGGAUUUUUGAACCGGCAAAACAAAAUUUUCAAGUUUAAGGAGUUGGCGACCUUUUUUUUCGUGGCCCAUCGGUUGCUUCGACAUUGAUGCAACCAUGCAGACUGCGUGAAUUAUUUGGCGACACAGCUAUGUUCGUCUGGGCGCAAUGAAUACGUCCAUGUUCGUUUCUAUUGUUCGAAUUUAUCGAAACAAAGCCGACAUCGGUCACCUUACUCUCCGAGUUUUGCUGACAUUUCUGGUACAGACGAAAAAUUCCUCAUCGGAAGUGGCGAUGACUGGGAGAUUACGGAAUUGAGAGGAAUGGAUUCGAUACUUACGAGCACCGAGCAUGCUUCAUCAAAACGUCGAACAAGAAAUCGAAAAUCCACGCGACAGGAAGACAGAACGAAUACCUAUUCAGCAAUAUCGCAAUGCCAACCGAAAACAAAUCGAUUUGCUUUCUACGCGGCGAUAGUUUUUGGUUCAGGUACUACGCUACUUGGUUCUUGCCCGUCUUGUAUGUGUAACGCGAUGGGAAAUUACUGUAUCCAGAUGUGACUAUUUAUUCCAAUAAUUUUUCCCUCUACGUGUACCCGGCGCGCCAACACAUGUUUCCACUAUGAAUUUUGUCACGGAGCCCUAUUGAACAAGCAGCCCCCAGCGAUGUUUUGUGUCUCGGAGCCCAGGCCGACGAGCAGUCUCUAUGCGUGAUAUUCCUUUUCGAGAUUUAUUGUUGUAUUGAGCAAUGGUGUUUCUUUUAAGGAUUUAUGAGCGUCACCAUUGACAUGCAGCAGUGGCACGUGUCACAAUUGAAUAUGAUAGUCAACAUCAGAAUUCACCACGACGAUCCCAGAUGUUUGUAAGCGGAAAGCACUUAUUGGAGACGCGACCCUUGCGCUUUCUUCCAUUCGUUGAAUGACUCACGGACCGUUCCGCAAUUCGCAAUGGAACAAAGUCUCGAAGAUAAUUGGGAAGAUCACUUCGACUGAUGAAUGGAACGGCAUGCCAACGGAUGCCCCCGGGUAGGAUCUUUCAGUAAGAUUUGAAAUUUUUAAUUAUCCAAUCAGAAAGAUCAAGCGGAAACCGUAUCUCAACCAACGCAAAGAUACUCGGUAAUUCUUUUCUUCUAAAUCGUUUUGGACCCGUUGAAAAGCAAUCCAUUUCUACAGCUUUGUCAAACCAGGAUUUUUCCGCUGCAAACACGUUUUGUUUUCGAUCGAGUAAAAUCAUCAUCUUCGU